AUGAUUGUUCAACGUGACAAUGAUAAUCAAUUGGUUUUAUUGCCGUUAACUCAUCUGGUUAAUGGUUCAGUAACACGUAUUAAAGCGAAUAAGUCGAUUAAAUGUCGGAAUCCAAUAACACUUCGACCCAUUAUGAAUACGAUUCAUGCUGCCACUACUGGUAUAUCUCGAUUUUUGGAUCAAUCCAUUCGACCUUUGUUUGAUAUGCAUGCUCAACCGAGACCGAUUAUUGAUGGUGGCCAUCUUCUUCGUCAAUUAGAACAAUAUCUGAUAUUACAAACUUGUAUACAAUGUUACCCACAAGAUGAAUCACUUGAAAUUCUUGAAGAAUUUCUUCGUGAACAUCAUUAUGAAAAAGUUCAAGGCAUUUCAAUUAAAUUUAUUCUUCAAUUAGCUGAUCUUGUUCUCAAAGAGACUGCAUUUGUCGAUGGAAAUAAAUUCUAUCGACAAAUUAUUGGUGGUGCGAUGGGAUCCCCGUUUACUUUAACGUUAGCCAACAUUUUCAUGUGGAAAUGGGAGAAAAAUGCCAUUUGUGGUGCACUAGGAUCCCAUGAAAUCUAUGGUCGGUACAUUGAUGACACUUUCUUUACUUUCAAUGAACCUAAGGAAAAAAUGGAGGCACUCAUCAAGAGAGCAAAUGAGUUUCACCCAAACAUCAAAUUAGAAGCUACCAUUGGCAGUUGUGUUUCAUUUCUUGAUCUUCUGAUCAACAAUAACAAUGGUAUUUUAAGAACCUCCGUCCAUCACAAACCAGUAGCCGAACCGUGUGUUGUACCUUUUAUUUCUGAUCAUCCACGCCAUGUAUUUUCUAAUAUUAUUCAAGCUGCUCUUCUUCGAGCUGUACGUUAUUCAUCUACAUUGGACAUUUUUGAAAAAGAACGUCGUGCUGUUCGAUUAAUGUUACUCUAUAAUGGGUGCGUUUCUCCACCGGACACAUUCAAUCUUUCAUUAAUCGUCUUAUUCCCUUAUUAUUUACAUUCUUUAGAUAUCCAUCCAGAUAUAGUGAUACACAUUUUCGAAAAUUAUUCGGUCGCUCCAUUUCAAAAACAACAAUAA